CUUGAGAUUGCAAGAAGGCAAAAAAGUGACAGUGAAGCAGCUCUCGAGAAUACCCGUGAGCUAUACUUCUCAAAGAAGGGAAAGAGAUAUCGAACAGAAGCAGAGAAAGGUUGGUCUCAUGUUAUUCCACAAAGUCACACUGGCUAAAGUGUUAUCUAAAGAAGAGCGAAAGAAGCUGAAGAGCGACUACGAUGAUACUAUGAACCAGCAUUUUCAAGCAUUGAAUGUUCUUAGUCUUGCUGAAGCUGCCCUCGUAGAGUUUGAUGUCGAGGGGCAGUCUGUCAUCAAUGAGCAAUGCAUCGAAGAACAAUCUGUGGCUGAGGAGGCCAUCGUUGAACAGCAGCCCAUCAUCGAAGAGCGUCCUGUUGUCGAAGAACAGCCCAUCAUCGAAGAGCAGCCUGUCAUCGAAGAUCAACAUUUUGACUCAUGCAUUGGCUCACCAAGUCUUGCAGAUCUGGGAUCGACUAGUCCAGAAAAGAGUUAUGAGAAGACCAAAGAGACCACAGAAGAUAUGGACUGAAUUGUAUUCACAGAUGGUCUUGAGCCCGGAAUCGAGCAUGGUCUUC